AUGGUUCUCCUGGGCGGCCCCACCGGCAUCUCGCUUGUCUCGCAGGUCAAGGCCUUCGGCCUCUACAACUUCCUGAAGCCCGUCGCGAACGCCUACGCUCGCGCCGCUGGCUACCGCAAGGUCGGCCUCAAGUACGACGACCUCCUUGUUGAGGAGCGUGACGACGUCGCCAAGGCCAUCUCGCGUCUCUCGGCCCAGGAGUCCUACGACCGCGUGUACCGCUUCCGUGUUGCGUUCCAGCAGGACCUCAUGCGCCGCCCUCUCCCGAAGGAGCAGUGGGUCAAGGCCGAGGACGACGUCCGCUACCUUACCCCCCUUGUCGAGGGUGUCAGCAAGGAGAUCCAGGAGCGUGACAGCUGGGACACCGUCGAGGUCGAGCGCAAGGCUAUUUAA